CCACGACUCCAAUUGCCGUACAGUAGCCCAGUUCUUUUGCGCAUGCGUGCCUGGGGGAAAUUGGAUCUCAAGUUGGCCAAAACAGCGGGUGAUAAAAAUGCACAAGCUGAAGUCAUCACAGAAGGACAAAGUUCGGCAGUUUAUGUCCUUCACGCAGGCAGGCGAAAGGACAGCUGUGUACUGCCUGGCACAGAAUGACUGGAAACUAGAAGUCGCCACAGACAACUACUUCCAGAACCCAGACCUCUACUACAAAGAAUCCAUGAAAACCUCAGUGGACCGCAAGAAGCUGGAGCAGCUCUACAACAGAUACAAAGAUCCCCAGGAUGAGAACAAGAUAGGCAUCGACGGGAUCCAGCAAUUCUGCGAUGACCUGAUUCUAGAUCCGGCGAGCAUGAGCAUACUGGUGGUGGCGUGGAAGUUCAGAGCAGCCACGCAGUGCGAGUUCAGCAGGAAGGAGUUCCUGGAUGGCAUGGCUGAGCUAGGGUGUGACAGCCCUGAAAAGCUUAAGGCCAUUCUUCCCAGACUAGAGCAGGAGCUGAAAGACUCAGGAAAGUUCAAAGACUUCUACCAGUUUACCUUCAGUUUUGCCAAGAACCCAGGCCAGAAGGGGUUAGACCUGGAGAUGGCCGUGGCUUACUGGAAUCUAGUUCUCACAGGUCGGUUCAAGUUCCUGGAUCUGUGGAACCGCUUCCUGCUGGAGCAUCACAAACGAUCGAUUCCCAGGGACACAUGGAACCUCCUCCUGGACUUUGGCAAUAUGAUUGCAGACGACAUGUCAAACUAUGAUGAGGAAGGGGCCUGGCCCGUCCUGAUCGACGACUUUGUGGAAUUUGCUCGGCCGAUUGUGAUGGGGACCAAACGCAACGUGACAUAAUGUUUGUCCCGGCUUCAUGCAGCGGAUUGAGUUUCGCAUUUCUUCCUGUUUUCUUUUCCUGAAUGAGGUUUUUGAUACAAACGAGCCAAAAAUGAGACUACUUCUAAUUAAGCCUGACUGCAGCUUUUUCCAUUAGGAUUGUUCUUCCAACUGCAUACGAUGCCUCUGAAAGGGAGAGACCCGAACUUUUAAAAUGGAAAGCAGGACGGGAAUCAGCCAGAAAGAGAACUUUUUUUCUUUUUUUAGUUGUUGUUUGCUGACACAAACAGCAAUGUGAAGAGGAUGUAAAUGCUCAAACUUCUCACCGACAGGUGUAAAACCACACCUGUGGACUCACUAACCAGCAGCCUCGGUACAGUGACAGCCAGAGAGUCGGUUGGAAGUUAAACUCUGCAUGUUUUGUGAGCUAGUGUGGAGUGGUGCCAUGAUGUGUGUGUGUGUGUGAGUGGGGGUGGUGCUAUUAAGGUUAUUUUCACGGAUGUUGCGAAUGUGUUGCUCUCCAAGUUACAGUGAGAGCAGACAGAGGAAGUGAGCUUGAGUGUGUUUGUGUGUGUGUCUGUGCAUAUUGCCUUAUUUACAAUACCAUCCCACAUAUCUUUGGUUUUGUUGAUAUGUAAAAAGCUGGAAUAAUUCACCUUAAACUCCACAUCUUGUGUUCAGAGAUCUAGGUAGAGAAGCACGUUUGUUGAGCACCAGCAGAAUCACAAAGGCUUUAUCGAUCUGUUACAGUGGUGUCACUUUCAUUUCAUCACACAAACCCCACUGAACGUCUGUCUCUGUCACUAACUGCAGGCUUUCUGUGCUGCUCCUGAUAGCUCUACCUCCUGCAGAGGCUCAGAGAGGGACGUCUGUGUUCUGAAUUAGGAAUUACCAAAAAAAAAAGCAUCGUAAAAGGAAAUGAAGUUGAUGAGAUAAACAUGUUACUGCUGUUUGGGGCAUUCUCAAGUGAGCUGAGGAGCUCGCAGGUGAUUGCAGAGAGAAGUGCAGCAGUCAGUUAAUGUGCUCGUAUUCAGACUGACGCCGGUAGAUUUUUGUUGUGACUUCUGUGGCUCGCUCAGGCCUGAAGCUCUUCUAAAGGAGCUUUAGAAGAGCAAAAACAGGUCGUGGCACUUUUUUUUGUUGUUGGUGCAAAAGCAGCAUUUGGGAUGCUGCAGCAUUACACUUGUUGGUUUUAUGUCUUGACUUUAGCAGCGAUUAAAAGUACGAACACAGAGAGAAGCUGAGGGGCGCCCUGACUCUUUCUUGUCAUCCCGGUGAGGAUGACUUGUCACCUCUACAAACUGCACUGAAGUACACUUUUUCUGUUGUAGGAUUAUACGUUUUUAUUUAAUCAGACGGCACUGUGUGGAGCAUCGGAGUUAUUCGCGUUUCGUGGCAGUAGGUUUCUCUCACGUGCUAACGUUUUUAUAAUGAAGUUGUGCAUCGCAGCAAGGAGUAUUUUAACUGAUUGUUUACACGGCUGAAGAUUGCUUUUUAUAGAUUUGGUUGAAUUUAUUACAUAGGACAACAUGAACACUGCUCAGGCUGCCAUCUAGUGGUGGCAGUGGGCUAUAGCAUUUCUCACUUUUCUGUAGUUUAAUGAAGACUUGAGCCUUUUAACACUUAAGAGAUCAGUGCAGCAAUGCUUAUUAUUAUUAUUAUUAUUAUCAUUAUUAAUAGGAUUAACUGUUUCUCUUUAAGUGUACCUAAAACACUCUACAUCCCAGAGUAUGGCAGAAGUAGGGGUGCAACAAUACACAAAAUUCACGGUUCGGUUCGGUUCGAUACUUUGGUGUCACGGUUCGAUAUU